CGGAUGGAUCGAGGUGGGCGUAACGCACAUAGGCGUAUAUCUCUGGUAUGAAUAUUUUUACGACGAUCUUAUUGCGAAUUGAAUCUACGAGUACCAUAUAAAAGGGUGGAAAUUGAUUCCUAAGGACCAUUUGUCCUCUAGUUCAUGCGUUAUAGCAGCUAAUAUUCUUCACGUUCAGAAUGAAAUUUCUUGUUAAGACAUCUUUCUGUCUCAUUCUUUUGAUUGCCGCCACGCAUUCGACAGAGGAACCCGAUAAGGAUCGUCAGCCCCAGUACACCUUCUCCUACAACGUUCACGACUCCCUCACGGGCGAUUCCAAGAGUCAGGUGGAGACAAGGAACGGGGACGUCGUCCUGGGCCAAUAUUCCCUUGAUGACCCCGACGGGACCAGAAGAACGGUGGAUUACAAGGCAGACGCGGUCAACGGAUUCAAUGCCGUCGUUAGAAGAUCGCCUAUCAUCCGAGGGGUGGCGCUGGUCGAGCCAAAAGUGGCUGUUGCCAGUCAGAGCUUGUCGCAAUAUCCGGAUCCGAAAUCAGUGGCGCCAUCUUACAUCAGCAUGCCAUAUCCCGUCGCACAGUUACUCUUCCUAAGGGCGCAUGUCCCAGAAAGUUGGUUCAUGAAUGUGGUGCCUCAUUUUUAUUUAUAUUAAUGAUUUGCUUGGGUGAAAUGUGAAUUAGUUCGAAAAUAUAAUUUAAUAACUUC